GGAAGUGUUGCCUAGUGACGGGUCGCGUUUAGAAGCCAGCAAACAUGGAGAAGUACGAGAAGAUAAAAGUGGUCGGGAGAGGAGCAUUCGGGAUAGUCCACCUUUGUCGCAGACGCACUGAUGGCGCAUUGGUGAUCUUGAAGGAAAUCCCAGUUGAGCAAAUGACCCGUGAUGAGCGUCUCGCAGCCCAGAAUGAAUGCCAAGUCCUUAAGUUACUCAGCCACCCAAACAUAAUUGAGUAUUACGAAAACUUCCUUGAAGACAAGGCGCUAAUGAUUGCAAUGGAAUACGCUCCAGGUGGAACCCUGGCCGAUUACAUACAGAAGCGCUGCAACUCCCUGUUAGAUGAGGACACCAUAUUACACUUCUUUGUUCAGAUAUUAUUGGCCCUUUAUCAUGUGCACAAUAAGCUCAUCCUACACCGGGACCUCAAAACCCAGAACAUACUCUUAGACAAGCAUCAAAUGAUAGUAAAAAUAGGAGACUUCGGAAUCUCAAAAAUUCUUGUCAGCAAGAGCAAAGCUUAUACUGUUGUGGGGACACCGUGUUAUAUCUCUCCAGAACUGUGUGAAGGAAAGCCAUACAACCAGAAGAGUGACAUUUGGGCCCUUGGCUGUGUGCUUUACGAGCUUGCUAGUCUCAAGAGAGCUUUUGAGGCAGCAAACCUGCCGGCUUUGGUGCUGAAGAUCAUGAGUGGCACAUUCGCCCCCAUUUCAGAUCGUUACAGCCCAGAAUUGAGACAACUCAUUCUCAACAUGCUGAAUCUGGACCCAUCCAAAAGGCCCCAACUCAAUGAGAUAAUGGCUCAUCCCAUCUGCAUCAGGCCGUUGCUCAAUCUCUACACUGACAUAGGCAAUGUCAAAAUGCGCAGAAUAGAAAAGCCACUUUCUACCGUACAGACAGGCCCACAUGGGAGACCUGGUGGACGCGUAACCGGUACCAGAACCAGAGGAGGGCUGUCCGGUCUAACUUCGACCAAGAUGAUGCACCCAUUGCCUUUAUCAUCAGUGUACACUUGGGGCAGUGGCAUUUCCACUCCUCUGCGUCUGCCCAUGUUAAACACAGAGGUUAUUCAAGUGUCCCUGGGCCGCACCCAGAAGAUGGGCGUCACCAAAUCAGGGAGGCUCAUCACUUGGGAGGCCCCCUCGGUUGGAUCAGGUGAGCCCUCACUGCCCGGCGCUGUGGAGCAGAUGCAGCCACAGUUUAUCUCUCGCUUCCUGGAGGGACAGUCUGGUGUCACCAUCAAAUCGGUCUCAUGUGGCGAUCUCUUCACCACCUGUCUAACAGACAGAGGUAUAAUCAUGACGUUUGGAAGUGGAAGUAAUGGUUGUCUUGGACAUGGGAACUUCAAUGAUGUGACACAGCCCAAGAUAGUAGAGGCUCUGCUGGGUUAUGAGCUGGUUCAAGUGUCUUGUGGAGCGUCCCACGUUCUGGCGGUGACCAACGAGCGAGAGGUGUUCUCCUGGGGGCGAGGAGACAAUGGCCGGCUGGGUUUGGCCACUCAAGACUGCCACAACUGCCCGCAGCAGGUGAGUUUACCAGCUGAUUUUGAAGCCCAGCGUGUGCUGUGUGGGAUCGACUGCUCCAUGAUCAUCAGCUCGCAGCACCAGCUUCUGGCCUGUGGGAACAACAGGUUUAACAAGCUGGGUUUGGAUAAGCUCUCUGGCGCAGAGGAGCCCCCGUCUCACUGUCAGGUAGAGGAGGUCCACACGUUUCAGCCCGUCCAGUCGGCUCCUCUAAAUGUUGAGAAGAUUGUGUACAUAGACAUCGGCACAGCACACUCUGUUGCAGUCACAGAGAAAGGUCAGUGUUUCACCUUCGGCAGUAACCAGCAUGGGCAGCUUGGCUGCAGCUCUCGCAGAAGCAGUCGAGUGCCCUAUCAGGUGUCAGGACUGCAGGGGAUCACCAUGGCCGCGUGUGGCGAUGCGUUCACUCUGGCUAUUGGAGCAGAGGGCGAAGUGUACACCUGGGGUAAAGGGGCACGUGGUCGGCUUGGACGAAAAGAAGAGGAUUCUGGGAAACCGAAGGCAGUGCAGCUCGACGAGAGCCACCCUUACACUGUCACGUCAGUGGCCUGUUGCCAUGGAAACACACUGUUGGCUGUGAAACCAUUUUUUGAAGAGCCUGUUCCAAAGUGACAUCACUGCCCAAAUGACUGCACACGCUCCGCAGAAGAGCCGUUCAGCUCCUGUACACAAGGACUGAGGGACUGCAUACUAGUGUGGGUUCAUUAGGAAUUUUAAGCCAUGCAGUUGCAUUUAUAAUGUAACAUGAUUUCCAGAUAUGUAAAGCUUUUUUGACUAAAUGCAUAUGCCUAUUUAUGACUUAUGACAACAGAAUUGCUCAAAUUCUUUAUUUGCAGUAUUACAUCUUUUGUGUACAGAAAAUUAGACUGAAUUAUGUUGUUAUUAUUAUUAUUAAUUUAAUUAUUAUUAAUAUAUAUAAUUUAAUAAUAAUAAUAAAAAUAAUCAUAUGUAGCAUUGUAAAUAAUGCCUCACUGAGGUCAGUCUGCCUGGAAGAAAAAAAAUAUAUAAAAAAGAUAUUUUAUGGAGAUAAUAAAGUGCUGCUUUUGUUUCCUCAUAACUGAAAGCUAAAACAUAAUUUCUAAAGUGUAUCAUAAAUAUGUGCCUAAACAUUGUGACAGAUCUUAUGUAAACAUUCUUAAUUGUGGACAAAAAUUAAUUAUUUAAAACGCUUUUGUAAUAAAUGUAUAUCCAUAGACUAGAAUACCAUAUUCUCUAUAUUGCUACUACUACUACUAAUAUGUAGCAUUGUAAAAUAAAGGGGAAAAAUAAUAUUAUAUUAUAUUAUAUUAUAUUAUAUUAUAUUAUAUUGUUUUAUAUUUAUUAUACUUUGCUUUUUUUAACUGUUUUUAAAA